GAGAGAAAGUUAAGGGAAAAAAUAUACUUGGCGCAUAUGAUUUAGAGAGAGAAACCGAGCUCCUGAUAUGCUGAGCGAGAGACUGUAGACGAAAAGAAAGUACACAACCGAGUUGAGUUUGAAUCCUCGUAUUCUGGAGAGAGGGCAAGAAGUCUUGUUUAGACUUAGAGAGAGUGAGAAGCUCGAUACACAAGUCACGCAAAAGGCACCCGCUUUCUGCAAUUUUAGAGAGAGAAAAUCGACAUUUCAUAUAUAGAAGAUUCAUCACCCGCAUUCAAAUCACAUAUUCUUACAAAGAGGAAAAACCCUCACUUCCCGUGUCGUGUUGUCGUAGACAGAGCAAGAGAAAGAAACCGUCAUCGUUUCGACGGUCUCAACACUCUGCAGUGGGAGUGGGCCAACUUUUACUCACUUUCUUCUCGUCAAUGGAAAAUAGACUUUUAUUUAUUUUUUGGUGACUCCCCAAUUAACAGAUACAGAGGUUUUCUGAUGGUUGCUCUCUGAUGCCAUGGACCCUGAAACACCAGUUAUAGAUGGGGGCCUCGCUCUACAGAACCGGAAAGGGACUUCAUGUAAGGCCAUCUUAAUGCUCGCUUAUCAGAGCUUGGGAGUAGUUUAUGGUGACCUAAGUACCUCACCUCUCUAUGUGUAUAAGAGCACCUUUUCUGGGAAGUUGAGCCUCCGUGAGGAUGAUGAAGAAAUACUCGGUGUUCUUUCUUUCAUCUUUUGGACUUUCACACUUAUUCCACUAUUUAAAUACAUCUUCAUUGUUUUGUCAGCCGAUGACAAUGGCGAAGGCGGUACUUUUGCCUUGUAUUCUCUUCUUUGUAGACAUGCUCGGCUUUGUAUACUGCCCAAUAAACAAGCCGCAGAUGAGAAGUUGUCUGCCUAUAAAAUGCAAGAUGGAGUGGAGACAUGGGAGAGUUCCAUGCUGAAAUCUUUCUUUGAAAAACACCCAAGAUUUCGACUUGGACUCUUGAUGAUUGUGCUGUUGGGAACUUGCAUGGUGAUUGGUGAUGGGAUACUAACUCCAACAAUCUCAGUUCUUUCGGCAGUUUCAGGGGUGAAAGUGAAGAUUACUGAGCUUCAUGAGAAUUAUAUUGUAGCAAUAUCAUGUCUCAUUUUAGUGGGGCUAUUUUCUCUACAACAUCAUGGAACACACAGGGUGGCUUUUAUGUUUGCACCCAUUGUUACAGCUUGGCUUCUAUGCAUUAGUGGGAUUGGUAUAUACAACAUUUUUCGCUGGAAUACCAGUGUUUUCCAUGCCCUCUCUCCAUCCUACAUGUUCAAGUUCCUUAAAGCCACUGGUAAAGAGGGCUGGGUGUCACUAGGCGGGGUGAUCCUGUGCAUUACAGGGGCGGAGGCAAUGUUUGCUAACUUGGGUCAUUUCUCCCAGCUCUCAAUCAAGGUUGCUUUCACAUUGUUGGUGUAUCCAUGUUUGAUUCUUGCUUAUAUGGGUGAAGCGGCUUAUCUCUCAAAACACCAUGAAGAUAUUCAAAGAAGCUUCUAUAAGGCCAUACCAGAAGCUGUAUUUUGGCCAGUCUUUAUAGUUGCCACCCUGGCAGCUGUCGUGGGAAGUCAGGCUGUCAUAUCUGCAACAUUCUCUAUGAUAAGCCAAUGCUGUGCACUGAGUUGUUUCCCUCGCGUGAAGAUUGUCCAUACCUCAAGUGAAAUAUAUGGGCAGAUUUACAUUCCCGAAAUCAAUUGGAUUCUAAUGUGUCUCUGUCUGGCUAUUACAGUUGGAAUAAGGGAUACAAACACGAUCGGUCAUGCUUAUGGUCUUGCAGUUGUGACAGUCAUGUUUGUCACUACUUGCUUGAUGUCACUGGUGAUUGUGGUAGUUUGGAAGCAAAAGGUUAUUGUUGCCCUUCUCUUUUUGAGUUUCUUUGGCUUUAUCGAGCUAUUAUACCUAUCGGCCUCUCUUAUAAAAGUCCAUGAAGGUGGAUGGAUCCCGUUGUCUCUUUCUCUCAUCUUCAUGGGAAUCAUGUACGUUUGGCACUAUGGCACCAUAAAGAAGCAUGAGUUUGACCUUGAAAACAAGGUGUCAAUGAAGAGGCUAUUGAGCUUAGGUCCUAGCCUUGGCAUGGUUCGAGUGCCUGGCAUUGGCCUGCUGUACACCGAUCUGGUCACUGGGGUACCUGCAGUUUUUGGGCACUUUGUGACAAAUUUGCCCGCGUUUCAUCAAGUGCUGGUUUUUGUAUGCAUCAAAUCUGUUCAUGUUCCACAUGUCCUCGAAAAGGAGCGUUUCCUUGUGAGCCGAAUUGGCCCCAAGGAGUUCCAAAUGUUCAGGUGUACUGUGAGGUAUGGAUACAAGGAUCUCCAGCAAGAGAAUUAUGAUUUUGAGAACAGGCUGGUUUCUGCUAUCUUUAAGUUGGUUCAAAUGGAAGAGAGAGAACUUGGACCUAUACUCAAGCCUGAGACGUCAUCUCAGAUGAGAAUAUCACCGGGUAGCGAUAGCCUCAAUAUGCAUAUGCAAAGGUUAACCCACCCAAACCAAGAAGAGAACAUGCAGUCUUCUUGCUCAAUGGAUAUUCAAGUAAUGAUGCCUGAGAUGGGUAAUUCUGAAAUAUGGGAUGGCCUUGAUGAGCUUGGAAAGGAGCCCGUUAUUGGACAGGAGUGCUUGGAGAUUAUGAAAGCAAGGGAGGCUGGGGUGGCAUAUAUUUUAGGGCACUCAUAUGCCAAGGCGAAGAAAUCAUCAUCUUUACUCAAGAAAUUGGCGAUAGAUGUUGUGUAUGCUUUUUUCAGCAAGAAUUGCAGAGGGCCUGAUGUUGCACUAAAUGUUCCUCAUGUAUCCCUGUUGGAAGUGGGGAUGAUCUACUAUGUAUAGCUCUUCAAUGGAAUUUUUUGUUCUGGCCUUUAAAAUACGACCACUGUCACUGAAUGACCAGCCACUACUAUCUUUUUCAUUUUUGUUUGUUAAUGGAGAUGGAGGCAUUGAUAUAGUGGGGUUUUCUCUGAUUUAUUGUCUAAGUGGAGGGGCAAAACCUACAAGACAAAUUUUUUUGUGCAGUUAGUCGUUGCACAACAAAGAGUAGGCCGAGGAUAUCAUGAGCUUAACUUUCAUCCAGUGAUUAUAGUUAUCGAUAUUCUCUGGACCUGAGUUGAACACUGACUGGAUCGGUGUGAGCAAUUCAAGUUCCGACUUUGUUGAAUGUCACACAAAGUUACACUUGCUUGAAUGCAUGAAGAGGAAGCUGAUGUUUAUUCAAGAAAGCCAACAUAUGAGGUUGUAGUAUACUCACAUUCAGGAGACUUGCUGUUCCGCGAGUUUGAUAUAUCGGAUACAAAUGGAAUGGUUGUAAACUUCAAAAGUGAUUAAUUUACCAUACCGAUUUUUCUCCAUGUGCAUUUGUGUGCUCCUUAUAGUGCCUUUUGAAAGCCUCAGCUGGCAGAAGUAUGUCUCUUGGUCGUCCAAAAAUUAUCUUGUUCUGUACUGGUAGGAAACGUGAGUAUUUUUUGAAAUGGUAAGAAAAACGAACAUUGUUUGUUUUCCUGUUAUUCCCUUUGUAUUUAAUUAGAACUCUAAAUGGUCAAAUGAUGGAGGAUGUCUAAUUUUAAA